AUGGCGUUGUUCUCAUCCAAAAAGCCUCAACCGCCUUCGCCCAAAUGGGCAGCUGCAGAAGUAAAGACUGACUUUCCAGAAUCAGCCAAGAAGGCGUGGAAGGAAGGUUUGUCUAAGCCGAAAGAGAAAUUCUUGGAGCGCAAGGAGGAAUUGACAGAAUGGUUGGGAGGGGAGAAGAAAUUUGAUGAAAUCGUUAAGAAAAUUGAAGAUCGAGAAGAAUGCCAUUGGCUAGAACGCUUUUACGUGAGCAAGGACGAGGAUAAGCCUAACGCUUGCACUCGUGUUUGUUUCAAGGAGCAGGGAGAUGCCAUCCCUGCUGGAAGGGACAAAGAGUUUCAGGACUACCUGGCGUUUUUACUCAAGGUGCAAGACAAGGUGAAGAAUAUCCAAAACGCGCAGCAGGGUCAGCAAUUCGUCAAGCAGUGGGAAGCUUCAGUGCUAAAACUCCCAAAUGCCCAGCUCCAGGGUGCCAACCUCGUUGGUGCACAGCUUCAGGGAGCCAUCCUUGAUGGAGCGCAGCUCCAGGGUGCCAUCCUCGCUGGUGCGCAGCUCCAGGGUGCCAUCCUCGUUGGUGCACAGCUUCAGGGAGCCGAUCUUACCGGAGCGCAGCUCCAGGGUGCAACCCUUGCCAAAGCGCAGCUUCAGGGAGCCGAGCUUGGUGCACAACUUCAGGGAGCGGACUUUUCUCAAGCGCAGCUUCAGGGAGCUGACCUCUAUGGAGCACAGCUCCAAGGAGCCAACCUUAGUACCGCAAAUCUCACCAACACAGCAUUCUAUGGAGACUUCACUGGCGCCAAUCUGUCGACUGCUGUUUGGGAGCGUGGCGAAGCUCCACACUGCACUGAUGUCACGUGUGAGGCUUUGAAUAUCCCAAGAUUUUCAAAAAAACCGGCCACAAGGAGCGGUGCCAUGGGAGCAUUACUUGCAAAGCUCUUCAGAGCAUUUCUUCCAGGUGGAGCUGAGGCUGAAGACUCUGAUGAAGAUGGAGAUGACGAUGAGACAAAGACAGAUGAAGGUGAGUCGAAGGAAGGUGAAGACGGUGAAGAUGAAGGUGGAGAUGACCAGAAAGAUGAGGACGAAGGUACAAGCGCCCCCUUGCUUUGCAACGGCGCUUGCACGGGCUAUUGCAAGGCAGAGGCCAUGGAAACCUUGCAAGAGGUUGUGAUUGAAGUGGCAGAUGAGUCUGCGGAGGCAGCGGGCAGAAAGUUAGAUGAGAUGAUGAAGAAGGCAGAAGAUCAAUUGGGGGUGGCGCUGAAACACAUCGACGCAACCAUGAAACCCCACGUCCAGGCUUUGCGACAGAUCAUGGCCAACAACAAGUUCAAGAAGGUCUUCGGGAAAUUGGCACCAGAGCAACAAAAGGCACUUCUGGGAACCAUUACCGUUUUGGGGAAGACCGAGAAAGGCAAGACGUUUGCCAAGGGAGUUAAGCAGUUUGAGGAUGAGUUGAAGAAGCUUGAAGGUGAAGGAAUGAGCCCCUUCGUAACAAAGCUGGUUGAUUCUCAACUGCAAGCGGCCACUGGCUACUCAUCAGGCGAGUUGUUCGCCUUCUUGAAAGUCUCUCCAGCGCAAAUGGCUUCGGACAUGCACGAGUUGGAGGACAUUUCUGGGUACGUCGAGAAGCUCCAGGAGACGGUGAACGUCAACAACUGGGACGACAUUGUCGAGAAUUUUCUUUGCCUCUAUGAUCUUCAGUUUCGAUUAAAGGGUGAGCGGAGCCGCAAAGUCUUCGCCACCAUUUGGAAGGAUGAAACGCUGCGGAAAUGUGUUGCGGUAGGGAGGCAUUUCCAGCAUGUGACAAGCCUCAAUGACCCGCCGGCAUUUGUCCUGCACAUGGUGAAAUAUGCCUCGACAAUUGUGAAGAAGGGUGCCGUGGGUUGGAAGUUGGCCAUGAAGAAGGAGAUGACGGCGAUAGAUUUGAUGAAGUCGCGGCAGCAAGCCUUCUUUCAAUUCAUGAUCAGUUGCAUCACAGGUGGGCGGUGGGCUCUGGCGCACUUUGGCGUUGGUGCUGGUUCGGGCUGCCAGCGCGAGGGAGCCCUUUGUCUGAGAGCACACGCUUGGGACAAGGAUGGCCAUGAGGCCAUCGGCAUGACGACCAUGAGUGCCUUAGACACUUCGGCGGUAGCUCAAGUGAAGCACCUGAUGGGUGGAAAGGAUGCAGCAGAUGUGGCCGCCUGGGCACACAAGGUGAACAAGAAGUAUCCGUGGACCACGGAGCUUCAUUUCCAACGGCAACCCAGCACCAGGUGUGAGAAGGCCCAAAUCGACGACUGCAAAGACAAUCGAUGUUUGAUGAAAGCCAUCCUCUACUUCUACGGACGGCUCACAGGUAAAGACUUGGGCGUUGAGAUCACAUGGCCCGAUGGUGUGAAGCUCACAGAUGCCGACUGCGUGAAAUACCUCAUCAAUCUCUUGGGGGACAUGGCGCAGCCCUUGCACUUUGGCACGGCGGACACCGACAUGGGCCGCAACAUCACCGUUCUUUUCAGAGACAAAAAGACCACUCUUUUUGAUGUUUGGGACAAAGAGAUCACCCAGAGCGUCAUCAAGAAUGAGCCGCACUUCUGGUGGGGUGGAUGGACCCAUGUCCAGAGAACGCGUGUAGAGUAUGAGCGUGACAGUGAACAGUUCAAAAAGGAACACGAGUCGCUCUUGAACCGCUGGGCCGAUGAAUCUGCCAAGUUCAUGUGCUCCUCUGUCUAUAGGAAUCCGAUCACCGGCAAACAGAUCACAGAAGAGCUGGAUGAGAAUGGCGUCUUCAGGCUCAACGAGCAGCUCUAUGACAUUUGGAAGCGUGAGAUGUUCUCCAAGAUGUUGGUGGCUGGUGCACGAGUGGCCAUAGUGCUGAACAGCAUCCUGCACCACAGGGAGGGACAGCUUCAUGCGGGCACGGCGGUGUCGCACUUGGAAGGCAACACGGACUCCGAGGAUUUUGUGGAUGAUGAGGAGACAGGUGGAAAGAUAUGCAACAAGAAAGACCAGGCGCAGGCUGCCACGGCGGGCGGGGUGGAAAGCUUCAUCACCAACGCCAUGAAAUGCCACAGCUCCUGCACCAGCACGGCGGAGGGCUCUCAUGCCAACAAGAGGCCGGACGUCCGAUGCGGGAAACCCAAGGUCAUGGUGGGGUCGAGCUUGCUGGUAGGCUUCGCUAGGAGGAAACGGCAGAUUCGCCUUCACAUCUUCGCUGCCGACACAGCCUCAAUAGAGUUCCUUCGGGGCCUCUCCGAAGCAUGGAUGGGCAUUGAACAGCUGCAGCUGAGCUACAUUGCAGCAGCGCUGAAUGCGACUGUACUGGAGCCCUUCAGACAGCUGCGUCAACGCCGCUUUGGGCCAAUCCUCGCUGCUGUCGCCGCGAGGCAUGCCAAUGCAGCAUUGACCUUGAUGCAAGCCUUAGGGGCGAGCUGCUCAUUGGGCCAAAUGCCUCAAAUGCCUUGUAACCCAAUGCAGUGCUUUGGACCCGAGUUGCAGGGCACUUUAGAUGUGGGCGCCACUGAGCUCCAGCGCACGGCGCGGGCGGCGGUGCGGGUGCUCUGCCAACGGAGCGCGCCAGCGGCUUUGGUUGCGCUCAUGGCCGCAAUAGACAGCCAGGCGACUCAUUACCCUUCGGUGACGACGGAGUGCAUCACCCUUAGGGCAUCCCUGCAAACUCGAGCUUCGCCUUGCGGCGACUUCUGGGACACCGGAAUGCAAUGCGUCCACAGCCUCUUUCAGGUGGGUGCGCUUCAUGGUACGGCACUCCGGGACUUCGAGCUUUGGCAGCAAGCCUUUGGGAGGCCAGACUGGACUUUUCUUCAACCUGGCGCACGGCGGAUCUCCAUCCUCGCAGGUUUUUUGAGUUCAUUCCAGCGUGACGAACUGUGGAUGGCUGAGGUGGGCGUAUUUAUGGCCAACACCUCUACCACAUUACUGAAGCUCUUUGCAAACCUGAGGAUUCUGCUGGUCGAUCCGUACCACCUGCACACUGAGAACCACACAGCUCAAGCUCAACAAUUUGAGGAGUUCUACGUGUCUCCGAAGUCCACCUUCAUGUCAGCUACGGAGCUGGGCCCCCAAUGAAAGGGCCACGCAGCCGUGGCGGAGCCGUGCCACCACGCUGCUGCAGCGGAGUGUGGAGGCAGCUGCUUGGGUGAGGCCGGGCUUCCUGGAUUUGGUCUUCCUAGAUGGCGACCAUCGCUACGAGAGCGUGACCAAUGACAUCCAGGC